UGGAACCUUCACAUCAGGCGGAAGCAAAGGGAACAUUGUCGGAGCAGCGGAAGUGACGGACACAGGAAGCGUUGCUUCGGUGUUCGGGUCUGUUUGUUGAAGGUAAAUCGUGUUUUCGUCGUCAUGGCGUCUCAGUAGCAGCGUUUAACUCAACAAUACGCGUUUAAAACGAAAUCAAAAUGCCGAAGGUCGUGUCCAGAAGCGUCGUGUGCUCGGACACCAGAGACCGAGAGGAGUACGAUGACGGAGAGAAGCCGCUCCAUGUCUACUACUGCCUGUGUGGACAGAUGGUCCUGGUGCUGGACUGUCAGCUGGAGAAGCUUCCCAUGAGGCCCUGGGACCGAGCCCGGGUGAUCGACGCGGCCAAACAUGCCCACAAGUUCUGCAACGUGGAGGUGGACGAGACCGCGUACGUCAAGAGGGCCGAGGGCAUCGAGAGGCAGCGCCGCAAGAAGUGCGGCAAGUGCGGCCUGUUGCUCUUCUACCAGCACCAGGAGAAGAACAGCCCGGCCACCUUCAUCGUGGACGGGGCCGUGGUGAAGUUUGGGCAGGGCUUCGGCAACACCAGCGUGUACAGCCAGAAGCAGCCCGAGGCGCCCAAGAAGGUCCGCGUCAUGAUGACCAAGCGGACCAAAGACAUGGGCAAGUUCAGCUCCGUCACCGUGUCCACCAUCGACGAGGAGGAGGAGGAGAUCGAGGCCCGGGAGGUGGCCGACUCGUACGCCCAGAACGCCAAGGUGAUCGAGAAGCAGCUGGAGAGGAAGGGCAUGAGCAAGAGGAGGCUGCAGGAGCUGGCUGAGCUGGAGGCCAAGAAGGCGAAGAUGAAGGGGACACUCAUCGAUAAUCAGUUCAAGUAGAUGAGUCUCACUGAGGGAGGGACACACACACACACACACACAGUGACUGUUUACCUGUUUCCAUCACACACACUGAAGCACAGUGGAUCCUGCAGCUUCGACCUGAUCUGUUCAGUUGGUCUGGAGAACAGCACCUUUUAUUAUCUGGACACAUAGAAACAGGAUUGAUAAAGAGGCUGUUGCAUGUUGAGAUUUCGAUCUUGGAAAGAAGUUGUAGGCAUUACUUUAUUUUUUUUUUUAAAUGUUAUUUUGUACAAAAAUGUAAGAUCAAAUAAACCUGUUGGCAUAGUA